UCUUCAUUUAUCCACCAUCUUUGGUCUCGACUCUAGGUGUGUAAUGGAAAGGUGGUUACUGGACUGUCAAACACUCUCCCAAUUUAUUGCUGUCUGUUGGUAGUUACAGUCUUGUCCGGUAGCGCUCUACAUCCACCACGCGCCUUUGAGUCGAAGAGUAGCCAGUUUGAUUAUUCUCUAGUCUAGUUUGGUAAGGGUGAAGUUGCUCUCUGCAUUGCUGCUGAUAGAAUUCAAACACAUAACAAUGGCGACUUCCAGCCCCAACAACACAACAUCUACCAGCCACAACAGCAAUAACGCAGGAUCUACAGGCACACAUCACCAUCAAUCCCAAUCGCAACACAUAACAACAAUGAGCAGUAUGCAAGGUAAGGAUUGUAAAAUACCAGCUUGUUAGCUAACGUUAGCGCUAGAUCUUUUUUUGUGAGUGGUGUUAACGGGAGCAACCUAAUGACUAUGCUUACUAACUAGCUAUAUUGGCUAGCUAGCUAUCUACUAACUAACAGAUAACUUGCUUCAGUUUUAUUCACACACUACUACAAGUCAGUUAACUAGCUUGGUGUCUACAGUUAACUAGCUACCGUCAAAAUCAGUUGCCCCCACACCCAAAACAUUGUCUUCUAAUCAAAUAACGGGUUCUGAUUUUGUUGUUGUUGAAAUAAGUAACACCAAAACAACGUUAACUUGCCACAUAGCUAGCUUAUGUUAGCUAGUGAAUAGUUGUUAGCUAACGUUACCUAACUAGCGAGCUAAGGUUGGCUAACAAGCGGCAUUGCUAGCUAGCCUUCUUAAAUAACGAGCUAGAAUAUAGGAAGGCUUGUCAUGAUUGAUCUGGAUGUGGUCAUGUGUUGCUUACUGUCUUUCAAUGUAAAGUCAGGUUACCUCUAACUAGCUAAUAUUAGCUAGCUAUAAUAUGUUGCAGUUCUAAAAACAAGAUCAUGUUGGGAUGUUUUUUUCCCCCUCCAGACUGUUCAUGUAGCUCACUGUUAAAGGGAUACUUAAGGAUUUUGGUAAUCAAUCCCUUUAUCUACUUCCCCAGAGUCAAAUCAACUCAUGAAUACCAUUUUUGUCUCUGCAUCCAGUAUGAAAUUGAGGUAGUUUCGCGAGGCAAUGCUAACUAGCGUUAGUCGCAAUGACAGGAAAUGCAUGGUAUCUACUAGCAUGCUACUGUAGCAGUUACCGCAUAGAAUUCCAGUCAUUGCGCUAACAUUUUACAUUGACAUUUUAGUCAUUUAGCAGACGCUCUUAUCCAGAGCGACUUACAGUUAGUGAGUGCAUACAUUUUUUACUUUUCAUACUGGCCCCCCGUGGGAAACGAACCCACAACCCUGGCGUUGCAAGCGCCAUGCUCUACCAACUGAGCUACAUGGGACUAACGCUAGUUAUCAUUGGAUGCAGAGACAUACAUUUACAAAUGGUAUCCAUGAGUUGAUCUGACUCUGGGGAAGUAGAUACAUGGCUUCAUUACCAAAAUCCCGAAGUUUCCUAGGCCAGGCAGCUACAGUAAUGUUAGCUCAGUGAAACUUGUGCCUGAGCAUCUCUUACAUUUCAAAUACAUCCACCAGCAGAAAUCUGUUCAAUUUCCACCCAAUGCAUAAUUAGCUAGCUAUGUUUUUACAAACAAUAUUUUAUUUUAAUUUACAGAAUCCAACACCUGCUGGAGAUGUCAGAGUGAAACAGGUAGCUAACGUUACUGUCAAUAUUACAGAUUUUAUAAAGAUAAUAUAUAUACAUUUUUGUUGAUGCUUUACCAAUAACUGUCAUAGGUCGUUAGUUACUUUUGGAUCUGGUUCUAUACUUUUGCAUGCCACUCUGAAUCCAGGUAAUACAUGAAAGAAACAUCUGUUAUGGUCCUCUUCUGUCAGUGUCAAAGUAUUGAAAUUACAUUUGUGAUAUUUUUCUUCCCUUUCCAUAAUGCUACUAACUUCCCAUAACCCUCCUGACUUGAUGCUGAUCGACGGUGAGCUGUCCCAAUAAUAAUUUCUUCAAUUGUCAUUGUCUCUCCCUGCCAGGAUCAUUUUGUGGAUGCAUUUAAUUUUCUAUCUCGCACCCCUCUAUUAUUUUUCUCAUUUGUAGGUUGUUAUUCUUAUAGGUCUACCACGAUUAGCUCCGCUGAAUCUAACUGAUCUAGGCCAAGUCAUACCAAAGUUCUCUUGGUUGUUUCUGGCUAUAUGUGUGUGCUCAGAGUAAAUGUUUACCAGUUCACUGAUGCGAGGCCAAGUUAUAAAAGUUCAGUGGUUCACUCAGCAGAAAAUAAUUUUAGUCUGUCAUGAGGCCAUAGCCACACUUGUUUACACAGACAUUUCAAAGUGCAGUGUUACAUUUGGCAGUUUUUUAAAAAGUAUAACAGAACACGACCUUCCAGAUUUAGUGAUAAAUAUGUUUUUAACUUUUCAGUUAUUGGUUGGUUUCUCUUGUAAAAGUGCAUACAACAUGAAUGCAAUUGGGUCUGUGGAAUGUACCAUUAUAGCCUAAAGCAUACAGUGGGGGAAAAAAGUAUUUAGUCAGCCACCAAUUGUGCAAGUUCUCCCACUUAAAAAGAUGAGAGGCAUGUAAUUUUCAUCAUAGGUACACAUCAACUAUGACAGACAAAUUGAGGAGAAAAAAUCCAGAAAAUCACAUUGUAGGAUUUUUAAUGAAUUUAUUUGCAAAUUAUGGUGGAAAAUAAGUAUUUGGUCACCUACAAACAAGCAAGAUUUCUGGCUCUCACAGACCUGUAACUUCUUCUUUAAGAGGCUCCUUGUCCUCCACUCGUUACCUGUAUUAAUGGCACCUGUUUGAACUUGUUAUCAGUAUAAAAGACACCUGUCCACAACCUCAAACAGUCACACUCCAAACUCCACUAUGGCCAAGACCAAAGAGCUGUCAAAGGACACCAGAAACAAAAUUGUAGACCUGCACCAGGCUGGGAAGACUGAAUCUGCAAUAGGUAAGCAGCUUGGUUUGAAGAAAUCAACUGUGGGAGCAAUUAUUAGGAAAUGGAAGACAUACAAGACCACUGAUAAUUUCCCUCGAUCUGGGGCUCCACGCAAGAUCUCACCCCGUGGGGUCAAAAUGAUCACAAGAACGGUGAGCAAAAAUCCCAGAACCACACGGGGGGACCUAGUGAAUGACCUGCAGAGAGCUGGGACCAAAGUAACAAAGCCUACCAUCAGUAACACACUACGCCGCCAGGGACUCAAAUCCUGCAGUGCCAGACGUUUCCCCCUGCUUAAGCCAGUACAUGUCCAGGCCCGUCUGAAGUUUGCUAGAGUGCAUUUGGAUGAUCCAGAAGAGGAUUGGGAGAAUGUCAUAUGGUCAGAUGAAACCAAAAUAUAACUUUUUGGUAAAAACUCAACUCGUCGUGUUUGGAGGACAAAGAAUGCUGAGUUGCAUCCAAAGAACACCAUACCUACUGUGAAGCAUGGGGGUGGAAACAUCAUGCUUUGGGGCUGUUUUUCUGCAAAGUGACCAGGACGACUGAUCCGUGUAAAGGAAAGAAUGAAUGGGGCCUUGUAUCGUGUGAUUUUGAGUGAAAACCUCCUUCCAUCAACAAGGGCAUUGAAGAUGAAACGUUGCUGGGUCUUUCAGCAUGACAAUGAUCCCAAACACACCGCCCGGGCAACGAAGGAGUGGCUUCGUAAGAAGCAUUUCAAGGUCCUGGAGUGGCCUAGCCAGUCUCCAGAUCUCAACCCAUAGAAAAUCUUUGGAGGGAGUUGAAAGUCCGUGUUGCCCAGCGACAGCCCCAAAACAUCACUGCUCUAGAGGAGAUCUGCAUGGAGGAAUGGGCCAAAAUACCAGCAACAGUGUGUGAAAACCUUGUGAAGACUUACAGAAAACGUUUGACCUGUGUCAUUGCCAACAAAGGGUAUAUAACAAAGUAUUGAGAAACUUUUGUUAUUGACCAAAUACUUAUUUUCCACCAUAAUUUGCAAAUAAAUUCAUUAAAAAUCCUACAAUGUGAUUUUCUGGAUUUUUUUCCCUAAUUUUGUCUGUCAUAGUUGACGUGUACCUAUGAUGAAAAUUACAGGCCUCUCUCAUCUUUUUAAGUGGGAGAACUUGCACAAUUGGUGGCUGACUAAAUACUUUUUUCCCCCACUGUAGAUAAGACAAGUGCAAGUGAGGUAGUUAGCACCAGGGACUAUUCAGCCAGUUGUCUGUUCAAAUUGCAUCAUUUGGGGGGGCUUACGCAAAGGAGCUUUUACAUCUUCAAACUAAGUACAUUUAUGAUUAUUAACUCUUAACAUGCGAUAUUGAUAACAAGGCUGCUGCCAUUUCAGCUGAUAACAUCUGAUAAGUAGCCUAAUUCUUUAGUUAAGUAUUGCAUGUAGGUUAGGCCUAGAUAAAAUAUUUAUUCAAUUGGCCUAGUUGGUCAUGUUUUAGUGUGUGUAGUUGUUGUCCACCCUUGGUAUCAAACUGUGAUUCGUAGACUUUUCCAGGAAUAAAGCCUCAUUUAGCAAAAUCAAGUUGAUUGAGACUUAAAAUAGUUGUCAGUCAAGGUGGUGACGGGUGUUGGGAAACAGUGCUGCAUCGUUUCCUGGUCUAAAAACCGAAGCUGAGAAGAACAGUAUUUGUUCACCAGGUUUCUUGAUAGAACUUUGUUGUUUUUUGUUUAUCCAAAUGAAUAUAUUAAGUCGGUCAAACAGUAGCCUAAAUAAAGGUGAAAUAUGAAAAAGAUAUGUUCUCUUCUCACCUCUAGGGUUUCAGAUAAACCUGUCUGGAGCUCCCCCAAGUAAGCCAAACCUCUUUUGCUACAGUACCAACAGUUCUCAACCCUUUGUUUCCACCUGACGGUCUGAUAUGGGGGAGUCUGUCCUCUUUUCUCAACUAAUCCAAGUAAAGAGUUGUUGGGGUCUAGUAGGCUUGUGCCGGUUUUGACAGUUUAGGCUAAUAGUUGAGGCUAAACAUUGAUUAUCCUAGCUGAGUUAAAGAGUGCAGCUUGUGUUGGUCUGUGUUUUAAGACACUUGGUCAUAAUAUUUUAGUGAUGCAAAGCAAGUAAAUGAGACUUGUCCAACUGUGAGUCGUAUUGAUUUCAGUUUUCAGUUGUUUCCAAAAAAACAAUAGUUGGCGGUAACCAUCCUAUAUGUUUUUAUCUUACUAUUAGUUAUCACCAAACAAUUUAGUUUAAUCAUUUUCAUUUACCAAGACGUUCCAAUCCAUAUUCGGAUCAUCCAUCAUCGGCACAAGCCUAGGGCUAAGAGCUUCCAUUAGCAUUGGUGUGUAUAGAUUCACACUUUGGCUUUCAACUGGUCUUCACCACUGUUCGGUUCGGCCUGAACCGAUUACCUUCUACACAAAAUAGCACUAUGCUGGAACUUUAUUUUAUCUUGACAGAAGUGUAGUCCUUUUGCUUGUAUUUAUUAAUUAGGUGUGUUUUAAUAAACAUUGUAAUGGAAGCUCUACAUUUUUAGUUUUUGCACUUUUAGUCAGCUUGCUACUAACAAGCAAAACUAGCUAGUAAUGCUUGUGGUUUUGUCACAUUGUUUUUCAAACCAGUUUUGUUUUUGAACACGCCAGUGAUUUUUGGCAUGAGCUGUGCUUAAACAUACACUUGCCCGUUGAGACAUGGAGACACUAGUAUAAUUUCCAGUGGCGUAUGCCAUUUUAUUGGAGUUUGAGUAAACACAUUCGUGUGGUGUUUUGGGUGGAGAGAACAGAAUGCAUCCUUCAUUUCAAGGUGAACUCAGAGCAGUUUUCCUUGGGAAGCUCCUUCUCCUCUGGCAAGAUAGAUUUUUCCAAACUGCAGUGUAGGCUAUUUUACUCUUAUGUAUGGUUCAGAGCCACAAGUCACAUUUUGUAUUAUCAAAGAUCCAGUUCUGUCAGAUCCAUGCUUUUGUUGAGUCAGAAUCUCAUUACACAAUGUUGUCCUGUUUCACAGUCUGACUCUGGGUAGUAGCCUAGUUGAAAUAAAAAAACGAAGCAAGAAAUUGUCUGGUUAAUUGAAAUUCUCACCUACUCCCUCGUUAUUGCUUAAAUUACCAAGCAAAAUCUACUAAAACAUGAUAGGUGAGUGUUGGAUUGUAGGUAAGCCUCCAUCCUGAAUAGCCAUGGUAUGGGAUGUGAGCUAGUACUAGGCUAUGGUUUAGAGCAGGUGUCUACUGAGAAGUGUAUGCCUCUGCAUCAACUCCAGUGAACCGGUCAAAUUAUACCUACCAUCUGCAGUGAGUCACAUGUAUAACCAGGACAUUCCUUGUAAAAAUACCUCCAGGGGAUUUCUGUUCCUGGCCACUGAGGCUUAGCAUAAACAUGGUUUGAUUGAGAACCUGUUAUUAGAUCUACUUGUGAUUCAUUUGAAUUCGGUCAAGACCCGAUUGUUUUGUUGACUAUCCCAUAUAGUUCAGUAUAGGUUAGUAUCAGCUAAAAUCCCAAACUCAGCAUCUAUAGAAGAAAUCUAUAUUCUCACAGAGAAAUAUAAAGAGGGAUGCCUUUGGUAAGAAGCAGGUCAUUACUCUUACAGGCUUUGUCCCUAGAUUUGGAUUGCAUGACUUCAGUAAAUUUACUUGAAUACUCUUGAUAAAUUUACCUGUCUCCCCAUUGCUUUAAUGGUCUCUCAUUCUGUGGUAUGGUAUCUGUUUGUUUUCAUGUUGUUUUUGAGUGUGUUGGUGUUGUUUUCUGGUCCUUGUCUGGCUCUACCCCUGCCAUAGAUGUCUUGUGUGCAAUCUGACAUAAACUCUGCCUCUUCCCGAUCAGGUAAACGCAAAGCACUGAAGUUAAAUUUUGCCAAUCCCCCGAUCAAACCAACAACCAGAUUCACUCUGAAUACAGCAGGACCCCCAUUCCAGAACCCCCACAUGUAAGUUGACCUCCAAACUUUGCAAUGGAUAUGGUUUUCUGAAGAUGUACAAGAUGUACAUGAAGCGGAAUUUGCAUUAGCCACAAUGCAAACUCCUGCAUAAUGAAUUGUUAUAUGACUCUGCACUCUAGUCUACAGUCUGCUGAGACUCUUCAUCUCCAAAAGCCACACAUUGUCAAUGUAACAUUCAGUACUGUAUAGGUACCCAGGCAAUCUGUCAAAGACAGGCUAAGUGAGGUUGGAAUGAUUUGCUGUUGUAUUUCUAUCUCCACCUGCUCAUGGAAAACAGAGAGUAACUGAAUGUAGCCUCAAGUACCUGUUUGGGCAACACCAUUGUAGUGAAUGUGAAUAAGCCCUGUGUCUUUGCCGUGUAAUUAGAUGAUAAAUAAAACAUGAGCCUGCUAAGUUACCCUGGACAAGCAAAUGACUGAUGCUGGAUAAUGCAAACUGAUCAAACGGAUGCCAGCUAACCAUCCUUUUUCAGGUGCAGUAUUAGAUAUACUGAACAAAAAAUAUAAACGCAACAUGUAAAGUGUUGGUCCCAUGUUUCAUGAGCUGAAAUAAGGAGUAUUUCUGUCUGUAAUAAAGCCCUUUUGUGGGGAAAAACUCAUUGUGAUUGGCUGGGCCUGGCUACUCAGUGGGUGGGCCUGGCUCCCUCCCAGGCCCACCCAUGGCUGCGCCCCUGCCCAGUCAUGGGAAAUCCAUAGAUUAGGGCCUCAUUUAUUUAUUUAAAUUGACUGAUUUCCUUACAUGAACUGUAACUCAGCUAAAUCUUUGAAAUUGUUGCAUGUUGCGGUAACAUUUUUGUUCAGUAUAUGAUUGAGGUGAAAUUAGCUAAACUAACAAAGAUUGUGUUUCUUAUCUGUCUCCCACCUAUUUCUGUGGCCAGAGAGAGGCUGCGGACACAUAGUAUCGAGUCGUCAGGGAAGUUGAAGACCGCCGGCGGUGAUUGUGACUUCACGGCUGAGGACCUCAAGGACCUGGGGGAGAUUGGGCGGGGCGCUUACGGCUCUGUCAACAAGAUGGUGCACAAGCCCAGCAACCAGAUAAUGGCUGUCAAGGUGACUGCCCUCACUGACCUCUUAUUGACUAAACUACAGGAAGUGUUCAGGGCAAGAUUUAUACCGGCUCAUCACUACUAAAGGCUAUAUUGUGAAAUGAACACUGAGUAAUCGUCAUAAUCACCAAAGGGUAACUGACUCCAAUUGCAGGAUAUUGUAACAUGUUGCUCAUGGUAAACUUCCAACAGUGAAGGCUUUUGAGGGGAGGAAGGCUCGUAAUAAUGGCUGGAACAGAGUAAAUGGAAACCAUGUGUUUGAUGUUGUUGAUACCUUUCCACUUAUUCCACCCCAACCAUUACCAUGUGCCCGUCCUCCCCAAUUAAGGUGCCACCAACCUCCUGUGACUUCCAACCAUGGUCACAAUUGAAAGCAACAUGCAUCUGAUUGCCAUGUGUGUCUCCCACAGAGGAUUAGGUCAACGGUUGAUGAGAAAGAACAGAAGCAGCUGCUGAUGGACCUGGAUGUGGUCAUGAGGAGUAGUGACUGUCUCUACAUAGUCCAGUUUUACGGGGCUCUUUUCAGAGAGGUGACCGUGCAAGUUUUUCACUUCUUUGUUUUGUUGAUUGAUUUCUCUAUACAGUAAAUGCAUUGGAUGUAAAUCAGUCGUUCUGUAUAGUUAGCAAUAAGCAGUGUAUUGUCUUCACGUGGGUAUGUUAUGUCUUGUGAUUCUUUUCUUUUUCAGGGGGACUGUUGGAUAUGUAUGGAACUUAUGUCUACCUCGUUCGACAAAUUCUACAAAUAUGUAUAUUGUGCUUUAGAUGAUGUGAUUCCAGAGGAAAUAUUAGGCAAAAUAACAUUAGCUGUAAGUUUCAUGCAUUAUCUCCUUACCUAAUUUACACAGAUUUUUGACAGGAAUGGGUACAUAUUUCUAUGUAUUCAUUUAGUUGCUAUGUGUUUUCAUUACAGACUGUGAAAGCACUUAACCACUUAAAAGAAUACUUGAAAAUAAUUCACAGAGGUAAGACGACUCCAGAAUGGAGGCCUUGUUCUUUACUUCCUCAUUUGAGAUGUGUAUUUCCGUUAUUACCUCACAAUGCUCUAUUUACUGUACCACAACAGAAGUGGCACUUCCUUUAUCCAGAACUCUUAGCCUAGCUUUGUUAUCUCUUCUAUACGUUUCUCCUCUCAGACAUCAAGCCAUCCAACAUCCUCCUGGACAGGAAUGGCAACAUUAAGCUUUGUGAUUUUGGCAUCAGUGGCCAGCUGGUGGACUCCAUCGCCAAAACCAGAGAUGCAGGGUGCAGACCAUACAUGGCAGUAAGUGAUAUGGGGAUUUCAGUGCAAUUUCAUUAAUGGCUGAAAGACAUGUGCAAGAUGUACAACUAAGGCUCUUUCUAAGAAUACAUUUAACUUUCACACCAUCCAGUACAUAAUUAGCAUUCAAUUGUUUUCGUACUUAGAGUAACUGUUGGUGGUGAUCGCCAGUUGUAAGGAGACAACACUACUGUUAUUGAGGGGAGGCAGGUAGUCUAGCAGUUAAGAGUGUUGGGCCAGUAACCGAAAGGUCGCUGGUUCGAAUUCCCGAGCCGGCAAGGUGGAAAAAUCUGUCAUUCUGCCCUUGAGCAAGGCAGUUAACCCCCAACAACAACUGCUCCCCGGGCGCCGAUGACGUGGACUCAAUUUAAGGCAGCCCCCGCACCUCUCUGAUUCCCAUUUCCCUAUUGUUGAUAGUGGCAUUGUUAGUGAUAUAAUUAUGGUCGCUACUGAUAUCUGUGCUUGUUGUCUCGUUCCUAUUCUGGACUAGCUGCAGAGUAACCUCAUGCCGUGUGUGUGUGUGACAUAGUUGAAGUCAUCUAGUGGAAUGAGCUCAUCGUGUCGUCAUCACAGGGUUUAUUUUCUGCCGGGGGCGGGGGUAUUGCUGAUGGGAGAAGGGAGCCCCGGCCCCUCCAGUUUCCAUUCUAAAUUUGGCACACCUCUGCCACGUGUCUACCGGAAGGCCAAGGAAGGGCUGGGUUACUUCAUUCAUGUCUGUCAGAAUAAAGCAGUUUGGGUUGGUGCUCCCACAGCUGUGAGCUCACAGUGCAGGAAUCCAAGCCACAUGGCUCCAGUUUCCUGUUUCCAAUAGAAAAAUGGCAGCCCUGCUGGGUGCUUCUUGGCCACCCCAUUGCUAAUUGCUUUAGCACAAUUUUUGUCUCUGUUUGGUCUAGGUAUUAGAGAGGGAUUGAUUUCACUUCAAUAGAAUAUUAUGUACUACACUACAAUUAAGUAGGCUUGAUUUGGUUCAUGGUAUGUGGUUUAGGUGACAGUCUGGCUCUGUUCCUCUCUGGUUGUUAUGAUUUAGUUCAUUUAGCUGGCAAGUGGCCACAUGUCUGGAAUAUUUAUUAUAUUGGAAUAUGCUCACUAAUACACUGUAGUCAGCUUACUGUUGCUACUACCAUUAUGUACCAAAGCAAACUGUCUCUUAAAUCAGCAGUUCAGUUUUUUAAAUUAGGAAAUACUUUACAUAAUUGAAAGCAAUUACACAUCCAAAUUAAAAUCUGCACCGAUGUUGUUUUGAGUUGAUAAUAUACACUGAGUGUACAAAACAUUAAGAACACCUUCCUAAUAUUGAGUUGCACCCCCCCCACCUUUUGCCCUCAUAACAGCCUCAAUUUGUCAGGGCAUGGACUCUACAAGGUGUCAAAAGCGUUCCACAGGGAUGCUGGGUUUGCCCAUGUUGACUCCAAUGCUUCUCACAGUUGUCAAGUUGGCUGGAUGACCUUUGGGUGGUGGACCAUUCUUGAUACACACUGUAAACUGUUGAGCGUGAAAAACCCAGCAGCGUUGCAAUUCUUGACACAAACCGGUGUGCCUGCCACCUACUACCAUACCCCGUUCAAAGACACUUAAAUAUUUUGUUUUGCCCAUUCACCCUUUGAAUGGCACACAUACACAAUCCAUGUCUCAAUUGUCUCAAGGCUUUAAAAUCCUUCUUUAACCUGUCUCCUCCCCUUCAUCUACACUGAUUGAAGUGGAUUUAACAAGUGACAUCAAUAAGGGAUCAUUGCUUUCACCUGGUCAGUCUCAUGGAAAGAGCAGGUGUUCUUAAUAUUUUGUGCACUCAGUGUAGUAGGUCUGAGUAGCUGGGUUGUUUUGAGUUAAUAACAGGUCUGAGGAGCUGUGAACUGUGUCCUAGGUGAGAGCUGGGCAGCCAGAUGUUUUUCAGUCUUGGCAGAUGUGAGCUGGUGCUGUAGCCACUAUGCCAUAAAACACAUCAGUGCAGCAGUCAGAGCAGUCUGUCCCACUGCUGUGUGGGUGACAUCAUCAUCUAAUUCUGGUGCAUGAAUGAAUGGGCCAGAGGAGAGGAGGUGCUCCCUCCACUCAGCAGCAUGGCUGGUAGAAGUCUGCUGCUGAUGACCUUGGCACUGUUUGGAACCACUGCAUUGCCUUGUCUUGUUUAUGUCUGGAGGUGAGGUCAUACAUGAAGUAACUGGCUGAGGUGGUUAGUAUGUAAGGCAUGUAGAACCAGGCAAUGAGGAUCAGUCGACCAAGAUUAGUAUUUUAUUUCGACCAUUCUAUUGGACUAAAUUUGUUUGAUUAAAAUCAACUAUAUGUACUGAGCUUGUCUGGUGCUUUAAGCACAGUUUGAUUAAAUAAUUAAGACACACAAAUGACUAGAGGGAGCCAGUGAUCAAGAUGGCCUAACCAGAAGAAAAAAACCUGUUCCCGACCCUCCUCCCGCUGCUGCACUAUGUAAGAAUAGCCUACAUAAAGCCAACAAAUAAAAACGUUGCAGCUUGCAGGUAGAAAAUAUCAUGAUUUAAAAUAAAUAUCCUAUAAAUCAAAUUUUUUAAGCAUGGCCUGUCUUCAACAAACUUGAAAUGUAUCAACUGUCCUGCCCGAAGCUAGCGCUAGCCAACUUGCAACAUUGUAUCAAAUAUUCUGAGCCCUCAGUUUCCCACAACAGGGACAUACACAGCUGUAGGCUGUGGGAUAAGAAGUAAUCAGGUAUUUUAUGACGUUUCCACUGGAUCAGAGCAUUACAUUGUUUCCUUUCAUGCCAAGUGGUUAUUGGAAGGGAGAGAGCUGGAAAUAUUUUUCUAAUACUUUGAGUACCUACUGUCAUUCUCAAUGGAUUCUAAAAACAGACUUUGUUUACUUGCUGUUUGAGGUCAAUACAUUUUUUAUUUGAGAAGCUCCACAGCUCAUUAGUGAUGGUGAGUUAAGACAUUCAGAAAUACUAUCAGACAGUAGCAUAGGUGGUGAGCUCUGCAAACGUGUCCACUCUGACAAUGACAAUGGUAAACAACUAUAAUUAUAAUAAUAUAUUGAAUACAUUAACAGAAAUUACCCUAACCAAACAUUGUAGAUUCGACAUUAUGGGAAUUAAUGGUAAAUGUAGGCUACUACUGGUGAUAUGUAAUGGGGAAUUGAUAGACACUAAUAAUUAAAGGGCAAACAAUUCACACAAUUAAGUUAUGAAACAAUGAACACGCACGAAAUGGUAGGAGGGCGCGCAUUCUGGAGAGAGACGUGCCUUGUGCAUCUUACUAAAGAUUAUGGAUAUACUGACAAGGUACAAAAAAAACGCACCUGCUGGCGGGAGACAGAUUUUCCGCCGAGUUGGGCCUCUCUUCCUCUCUGAUCGUAGCCACACUCCCCUUCUUCUAGGACCGUGUCAGCCCCGCGUCCUCCUCAAUGGAUUAGUCCACUCAGACAGGCGCAAAUCAUACAGGUGUGCCAUAAAAUAAAUAAAUACGUAUUUGCGACUGCUCUACUAAAAACAUCUUGGUCGACCAACAGCCUAUCAACUAAACAAUCGACCAGUUGACUAAAUGGGGUCAGCCCUUAUGUGUAUGUUGUAUUCUGUUGAAUAGACAGAAUUGAGUGCCUAUGAUAAUUAAUGCACUCAAUAAUACAGUCCUCACCAUAUGUAUUUGGACAGUGAAUCUAUUCACUAGUGAUGUUUAGGUUUGAUACCGGAGCUCCGAGGCAAAUCGCUAAGCAGCUAACUUCGAAGCAGUGUGCGGAUGCGAGAAGUAUGUCAUCCAUGAUGUCCGAACAUCGUUUGAUCAUGUGCUUUUUCAAACCGUGUGUCGCAAAAUGCGAGAUCCCACUGGGUUCCGGUGCUUUCUUCAAAUCUAAGCUGCUUUCAAACACCGACUUCUACUGUACAUCGUACUUCCAACUGUAGUUUUGUACAUGUAGUUUCACCUUAAAGUAGCUUAGGAGGUAGAGUAGGGAAAUAUGGAACAUACAGUGACGGGAGGGUAUGAGGUCGAAUACAUUUACAUUUUACAUUUUAGUCAUUUAGCAGACGCUCUUAUCCAGAGCGACUUACAGUUAGUGAAUACAUAUUUUUUUAUACUGGCCCCCCGUGGGAAUUGAACCCACAACCCUGGCGUUGCAAACGCCAUGCUCUAUCAACUGAGCUACAUCCCUGCCGGCCAUUCCCUCCCCUACCCUGGACGACGCUGGGCCAAUUGUGCGCCGCCCAUGAGUCUCCCGAAUACCAUUGAAGACACUAUUUAGAAAAUUAUUUUAUGUGAAAUCACACUUUCUGCACUGUUGUUCAAAUAAUUUGUUUUAUUUUGUAUAAUAUAAGUUUCUGUCUUAAGCAUCCCAAAUAAUGCCAUAGAUUCCGUUUUUGAAAAAUAGUAAACUUGAAGGGCAAUAAAGGGAAGUAUGAUGUAAGAUGUGAACCUGGUAUUCCAACUGAUCAUAGGCUACUAAAUCCAACGAUUUACCGUUGUGGCACAGAAUUUUGAUGAAAACAGUGGAGAAAUAAAUAUUAUCUGAUAAUCACACUGCUAUUUAUUGCAGACCAGCAGAUGUCACUAAUGAACAUUGUGAACAGAUAAUGAAGCUCUGAGUAAUGAACAGUUUUUCGGCACAAUUUGGUGAGGGCACCGAAGCCUUCAGAAAGCCUUGGUUUCCCAUCACUACUAUUCACCAUUCACUUACAAUUGAACAAGACCUGACCUAAAAGUUAAAACACAACCAAAACAAACUGCAAAUGCAUCCAAAGCGUUUAUAAAGUUACAAGCUUGAUGCAGUUAUUGUGUGAAAAUGAAAUGGAACCAAAAACGAACCUUUUUAGGUUACUGUGAAUUUGUCCAAAUACUUGUGAUUUCUUCAAAUGGGGGAAGUAGAUACAUAAAGUGCUUUUAUUUCUAAAGGAUAAAACAGAUACGUAUGAAAAUACACUCAUAUAUGGUGUUAUUUUAUACCCUCGCUUCAUAGUCAUAAUUUGAUUCAAAUCCAAAAUACUGGAGUAUAGAGCCAAAAUAAGAUGAGCUUCACUGUCCAAAUGCAUAUGGUGAGGACUGUAUACUGUAUACACACUUGAGUGUCUCACAAGUCUCCAUUUGGAUUGUUUUGCCAAGUUGUCUAUUUUGAACAUUAUUUUAUUUGUACUUAAUUUUAGUUUUUCUCUUUAUAGGCCCAUAUAUGAUAUCACUAUGAUGAAUUGUAAAAUGUUUUCCAUGUCUCGUCCACAGCCUGAGAGAAUAGACCCCAGUGCCUCCAGACAAGGCUAUGACGUCCGAUCAGACGUAUGGAGUUUGGGGAUCACACUGGUGGGUCCUCAACCCUCUUGUCCACUUUGUCUUUAACAUUCAAAAAGCUAUUUGAAGAUACACUGAAUGUUAAAACCACAAGAUAGUAUAUUCUUCUUAAAGUGUUUUUGUAAUAUUGUAAAUCUUUCAAAGUAACUGUAGACUCACCAUGUUGUCUUUGUGUUUUUUUUGCAGUAUGAGCUGGCGACCGGACGGUUUCCCUACCCAAAGUGGAACAGUGUGUUUGACCAGUUGACACAGGUGGUGAAGGGAGAACCUCCACAGCUUACCAACUCAGAAGACAGGCAGUUCUCCCCCAAAUUCAUCAACUUUGUCAAUCUGUGGUAAAGGACAAAGUGACAGCUUCUGCUGGCACAGCUUCAAUGUUAUUUUCAUGUGAUAUAAUAUAAGUUGAAGUACAUUGAAUCACUGCAGAGCAAUAUUGUCAAUGUAAACUACUGCAUGCUUUCGCAGUAUUCACCAACAAAUAACAAAAAUAUGGUGAAUUACACAAGGUAAUACCUCUGCAUUUUUUGCAUGAGACAUCCUCUGGAUUUGAUGUCCCCCUGGUGGACAAAACAUGUAAUGUCUCAGUUUUAAGCGUCUCAAGGAGAACCAUGAUGUAGUUUAGUGUAUUUGCAGAGCAGAAUUGUAAUUAUUUAUUCGCUUUCCCCCCUUUAGCCUUACAAAGGAUGAGUCAAAAAGGCCAAAGUACAAAGAGCUUCUGGUAAGUAUGUACAUCCUGUGUGGCUCAGUUGGUAGAGAAUGGCACUUGCAGUUCUAGGUUCGAUUCCCACGGUACGGGGGGAAGGUAUGAAAAUGUAUGCAUACGAGCGUCUGCUAAAUGACUAAAUAUUAAUUAAUGUAAUUGUAUUACAUGCAGAGAUAUACUUAUCACCUCUACAUAUUAUUACAUGUUAAAACAUGCUCCUUCUGUUUGUCUCUUCAAUACAGAAACAUGCUUUCAUACUGAUGUAUGAGGAGCGCUCAGUGGAUGUUGCCAGUUACGUCUGCAGAAUCCUGGAUCAGAUGCCUACUUCUCCCAGCUCCCCCAUGUACGUCGACUGACUGUAGAACAAGUAGAAACGGAAGCCUGGAACAACAACAACAAAACAAUGGCCUAAAGAUUUUCUUCAUCCCAUACUGCAGUGUUAAACUAAGACAGGAAAUGGACAAACUAAAACACCACGUGUACUAAGACUGGUGUUCAGUCACGUCUGUAUGAUAUCAACAUUCACACACUUCUCUAUCUCUCCUACACAAACACACUUACAUGUAAGUACACUAGUAACUGAAUGAAUAUACCAUGGUCUUGGUUCAUCUCGAUGUGAGACGUCAUCUCUAAUGUGGAUACAGUGCGGUGAUUUAAAAUCUGGAAAUGUAUUUAUAGUGUUUAAUCACUUGUGGAACAUAUGAUUUGGAGAUACUGGAAUCAUGCUCUUUGUGAAUCUUCCCACCUCUUCCAUGUAUGUGACUUUAAGCAUUGUGUUUGGUAUCUUAAAUGAAACAUUGCUUCUUAGGGUGUAAAGCAAUUUAAAAGGUAACAGCAUUGAUGGACAGGAUCAUGUGGCCUCCAUCCAAUGUUGUGAGGGUGCUGCCGUCACUGUGCAAUGGAUCUUUGUGCUGAUAUAUAAAUAAAAAGAGAGAAAUAAAUAAUUGUGCUUUGAGAGACAUUUAGUUACUCUGCAUCUAUGUGAGCUCAGGUUAAUCCAUUCUGAUGUAGGAAGGCAAGCAUCCACACAAACAAACACACUCACUGGCUCUCUCAGCCAUGGCAUAUGCAACACUUUCUCUUUAAAAGCUAAGCUGUAUGUAUGUAUGGUGCUGUUGAUCUGUAAUUAUUCAUAAUGCCAUCUUGUAUCCCUGUAUAGAGCCACACAUUUAUCUGUAAUGAAAUUGCCUACUGUUCUGAUUACAGCUGGAUGUUGCUACCGUUCUAAUGCACCUGACCGGCCCCUAAUGAUUUCAGCUGAUAUGCCAGUAUUUGUUUCUUAAAUGCAUGGCACCUGAACGGUGUUCUGACUGUGAUUGAUUGACUCCUAUAAUAUUCACAAUGUACACAGAAUCUAGAGGUUUCAGUACACAGUGUAGUUCACUUUUUUGGGGGGUAUUACUGGAUAUAAUGGAAACUUAGUUGACUGCUGGUAAAAUACUGGUACAGUAGUAAACUAUUUAUUUAUUAUUA